AUGUCAUCCCAAUCGAGUUCAAAAUCCAAGUCUAAAUCCAAGAACAAAGAAUUUAUCAUCAAAAGCAAUUCCCGUAACCAAAAUCAGUGUCAUUGGUGCCAGAAAACACCACAGGACCUUGGCUCGGACAAACCAUUCCAGACAUGCAGUCGGUGUAAAGAGAGCACAGAGUGUCAGCGACUGAACUGGCCGCUCCACAAACUCCCUUGCUCAAAAUCGAAAGAGAGGAACGCAAUUCUCGCCCAAGAUCCAGCUCGUGCAGCAAGCGCGGCUAAAUUCGCGAAAUGGUUCGAACGACCCCCCAAACUCGACCUCCAUCCUGAUUACAAAAAUCGUGAUCCGGACGACAGGUAUAUCCUGGAAAGAGGGCCUCAUGUUUCCCAAGGAGACGAUGUUGGACCCUAUGCCGACUGA